AUGGUUGAGAUCCUAUUUGUCAUCUCGAAGCCAGAUGUUUUCAAGAGUCCCCAUUCAGACACAUAUGUCAUGUUUGAGGAAGCAAAGAUUGAAGAUUUGAGUUCACAACUGCAGACUCAGGCAGCAGAGCAAUUCAAAGUGCCUAAUCUUAGUCAUGUAAUGCCAAAGCCAGAACCUUCAGUAACUGCUCAGGAGGAGGAAGAUGUAAAUGAAACUGGUGUGGAACCAAAAGACAUAGAGUUAGUGAUGACUCAAGCCGGGGUGUUAAGACCAAAGGCUGUGAAAGCUCUUAAAGCUGCUAAUGGGGAUAUUGUCUCUGCCAUUAUGGAACUUACAAACUAG